AUGAUCUCUAAAAUCGAUCCUGUCAAAUACAUCUUUGAGAAGCCGGCUCUAACCGGUAGAAUAGCCCGAUGCCAAAUGGCUUUAACCGAGUACGAUAUCCAACAUGUCACUCAAAAGGCCAUCAAAGGAAGUGUAUUUUCUGAUUAUCUUGCACAACAACCCUUGGAGGACUAUCAGUCUAUGCAUUUCGAAUUCCCCGACGAGGAUAUCAUGUUGAUUAGGGAUUGCAACAUCCCCGGUAUCGAGGAAGGACCCGAGCCUGAUCCCGAUGCAACAUCCCCGGUUUUUGAUGGAGCUUCUAAUGCUCAUGGUAAUGGCGUUGGGGCAGUAAUCACUUCUCCAACUAAUUUCCACCUCCCCUUCACCGCCCGAUUAUGUUUUGAAUAUACAAACAAUAUGGUCGAAUAUGAGGCUUGUAUCUUUGGUAUUGAAGCUGCUAUCGAUCUUAGAAUCAAAAUCCUGGAGGUCUAUGGGGACUCAGCCUUGGUAAUCAGCCAAGUCAAAGGAGAUUGGGAUACUAGAGAUCAUAAGCUCAUUCCUUACAAAGAGCAUGUCUUGAAACUAGUUCCCUACUUCGAUGAAAUUACAUUCCACCACAUCCCUCGAGAAGAGAAUAAGCUAGCUCACGCUUUGGCAAAUUUGGCGUCCAUAUUUAAAGUUAAGUGA